UGUAUCGUUCCGGUGUAUAACAACGAACCUACCGAAAGUUGUUUGAAAACAAAAUUUCACGUUUUAUUUGUUUCGUAGAUUUUAAAUAGUACGUAAACUAUGCUCGCAUUGCAAACGGCAACUACGACCGGAAUCCCGGACAAACUAUGGCAGCCUCAUUUUGUAACCUUCGAAACUACAAUGGGUGAAAUCUCUAUUGAACUGUACUGGAAACAUGCUCCGAAUACGUGUCGAAAUUUUGCGGAGCUCACUAGGCGAGGAUACUACAACGGAACCAUUUUUCAUCGUAUUAUACGAGAUUUCAUGAUUCAAGGUGGCGACCCCACCGGUACUGGCCGUGGAGGACAGUCUAUUUAUGGACCAACGUUUACCGAUGAAAUCAAUGCUGAUUUAAAGCAUACCGGUGCCGGGGUGCUCUCGAUGGCCAACUCCGGUCCUGAUACCAAUGCAUCACAGUUUUUUAUCACCUUAGCUCCAACGCAAUGGUUGGAUGGCAAACAUACAAUUUUUGGGCGCGUUCACACAGGUAUGCAGGCGAUAAAGCGGAUUGGACUGGUAGAAACGGAUAAGAACGAUCGUCCCGUGGAGCAGGUUAAAAUUGUUAAAGGAAAAGUUGAAAAAUACUAAAUAAACUUUUACUCAUUAUUA